AAUUUCGCAAGCCACUGUAAAACAUAUUAAAGGUUUGAAUUGGGAAGGAACUUGUGUUGGGAGAGAGUUUAGUUAUUGACUAGACUGGUGGGGGUCGGGCAUUCAGGCCUUAAUAAAGACAAUCAAAAGUCUUUGUAUUUUUUCAAGAGUUGAUCAUAUGUUAGGCUUUUGGUUACAAGUGCAACAAUAUUUAUUAUUUAAUUAACUUUGAUCUAUUUCAGUCUUAUUAAUCACUUAAACAUAUUUAAUAAUGAUCUAUUACCUAGCUUGAUGACUGUGGGUAUUAUUUGCUUACUUUUUGUUCUAAAUAGUGGCAGCAUAUUGUAUUGUGUAAAAAAACAGGAAAUUAGCUUUAGAUGACCAAAACAAUUCUGGAGGAGGACCUCCAGACCCCCGCCAGGUUAUGUUCCCCCUACUUCUAAAACCUACGUUUAAUAGUGCUGCUAACCACACUAUUAUGGUUGGGGACAGUGGCGCAAACAUGCACAAACCUUUUCACAGUUAGAAAGAUGUAGUAUGCAUGCAUACUGAAAUGCUUUAUAGAAAGUGCAGCAAGUGCAUAUCAGCGGUCACGUAGUCUCUUCCCACAGCUGCUGUGUCUAACCUAUGAGUUUGAGGUCAGCCAGACUAAGACAUGCAUGUGGUUAUGCUCUAGUCUAGCUAGAAGUUUCAAGUUUCAAGUUUUAAUGUCACAUGCAAGUACAGUGAAAUGCCUUUCUUGCAAACCCAAAACCCAACAAUGCAAUAAUCAAUAUCAAUGUAUUCAAUAGAGGAACAAAUGUAGUGAUGGUCGCCCUGUAAGUAGGAUUCAUGUUGACUAGUAAUGUUUAAGCUGGAGGCCAAGUUGAGAACUCAACACUGACAUAUUGGGUGAUAGACAUAGUACUAACUGCCUGGUUAAGGACAUAACAUGAGAUCUGAGAUUUGAUUGGUCCCUUGCUGAAAAUGGAGGAGUCAUGGAGAACAUAGUUCUGCUUUGUUCUUUGUGUGUUCCACAGGAUGACUGCUCCCUGACACACCUGAGCCUGGCGGGUGGACUGAUGGAAGGCAGCGUGGCCACCUUCGCCAGGUGUCUGCCUUUCUGUCCCACCGAGGUGUCUGUUGACCUGUCAGAGAACCCGGCAGUGACCUCAGCGGGACUCCACAGCAUCCUCUCCACCCAGCGACCUUUGACCUAUCUCAAACUCCAAGUUGUCAGGUAGCCGGCCCCUGGGACAGUUUGGACGGCCUGUCAGAACAGGUCCAAGACCUGUGGCUGUGCUCCCUGGGGCUCAACAAACUGGACCAUGAGGCCCUGCAGCAGACCUGGGGCCAGAGGAGGCCCGGGGAAUGUGUCCUCUCCAGAGAUGUCAAGUGCCCUCUCACUACUUCCCCCUCACUGUGAGGAGGACUCCUUGAGUUCUCACACCCUUAAAGAUUGGUGUUGCUUGGAUUCCAAUGCGUACACUUGAGAUGAUUUACAUAUCAUUCCUGUUUUGGUGACAUGGGCUGCAGCCGCAGAUCUCGGCAUUAAUAUUUUGUAUGCAUUAUGUAGAUAUACUUAUUUCAGUGUGUGUUUG